CUCACAUUGACUCUGCCGAUCCAUCGUUACAUGUAUUGAAGACACCUAUACAAUAACAUACAUACAGCUACAUUCGUGUACAAACAUUCACAUACAUUCGCUGUCACUAUUCACAUCCGGCCCACCAUGUCACCGUCAAAACUCAAGCCCUCAGAAAUAGCAGCAGAAGCUAAGCGAGUAUGGAUGCCGUACAUCUGGAAGAACUACAUCAAAGACUCAAAAACCUCAUACCUCUACCCAGACGCCACACAAAUAAGAGCUAGUUCAGAAGGCCGGUCAACACAACGGACAAGAGUAGCAGUCAUGGAAGGCGACCCAGUGAACUACGCUUUAGGCUGGUACCAGAGCGCAGCAAAUUCGAAUUGCAAGAAGAUACCUGUUGUCAACGUAGCAAAUGAGAAGCGCGCAGGAGGAGACUGGGAGUCAGGACUCAUUGCACCAGAAGAGUGUUUCGCGCGGAGAAGUAACCUUGUACACGCUCUUACCAUGCCGUGGAACGCGCAAUUAGGGCGGGAAGAGAACUUCUACCCCAUACCGCAGAGGGGAGGGAUAUAUUCACCCGAAGUUUUCGUCUUCAGAGGCGGCCCCGACCAAGACCACGCCCCCUUCUCCGAAAUCCAAUCCCUCCCCGUCAUCAGCGUCGCGCCCGUUCGCCGCCCCAAACUUGACGAAUCCGGCACCAAGUACUCCUUCGCGCAAGAAAAAGAGCUCAUGCGCGAGAAAAUGCGAGCCGUCCUCCGAAUCGCGUCCUAUUGCGGGCACCGCAACCUUGUGCUCGGGGCGUUCGGGCUGGGUCCAAUUUUCCGCAAUCCGGCGACUGAGGUGGCGCGCAUGUGGAGGAAGCUGUUGUUUGAGGAUGAGGAGUUCUAUGGGGUUUUCCAAGAUGUGGUUUUUGCGAUUGAUAGUACGAUGGUGGGGCCGCCGGGGAAAGGGUUUGCGAGUGAUUUAGAGGUGUUUAGGAGGGAGUUUGAUCCGAGUAGUAUUUUUCCUGUGCGCUUUCAGGUACGGGUGUAGCUUUUUUUCUCAUGGAGCGUUGGCAUUAUUGGACACAAGGUGCUGGACACCACACAAAUACCAUUACACGAGACUAUGAUUAUGAAGACAGAUAUUGGUAUGAGCGAAGAGCGCAGAUGGAAUCUG